AGACUGGUUAGUGCUGCCGUGAACACGGUACUGAGACUACAGGAGGAAAACAGAGGGGACUGUGGGACUCAUAGUGCAGCUAAAUAUAAAUGAGCCUAUUGUCGUUUUUUAUCAGAACGAGCAGCUGUCGAUUUCCACUCGUUUCCUGAACCUAUAAAACGAGGACAUCUUGGAAGGAAGGAGAGGAAAGGAUGGCGCGGCGGACUGUGUUAAACAUUAGACCGCUGCGUGUUUAAUCACCUCUCAGAGAGGACAUUCAGAUUGUCCUCGCUGGAAUGGAGGUCGCUCACGAUGCGUUUUCUUCGUUAGUCUGUAGCAGUUCUGUCGCUUUCUGUGGCCUUCAAGUUUGCCUGUCAGCCCAGUACAGAUAUGGCGUGCUGCUCUCAGCUCGCCACGAACUGAAAUGAGGAGUCCUGUGGUCACGCAGUGAGGCGCUGGGUGAUUAGCAGGCUGUCCAGAGCAGCUGGAUGCUUUUCUGUAACCUCUUCAUCGUGGAGAGCCUUGCUUGGCUCUGGAAAAUAGUGAGAUAGUGGAUGGUAAUGUCGUAUGAUGCAGAAUGUUUACCCUCACAGAAGUUGCCUCUCUGAACGACAUCCAGCCGACCUAUCGAAUACUGAAACCAUGGUGGGAUGUGUUUAUGGAUUAUUUGGGCAUUGUCAUGCUCAUGGUGGCAAUAUUUGCUGGGACAAUGCAGUUAACCAAAGACCAGGUAGUCUGCUUGCCUGUUCUGGAUUCGUGGCAGGACUCCUCCACAACACAGAGGCCACCAGAAACAGCUUCUGGCAUCGGGACAGGAGGAAACCAAGUGACGUUAACAGCUGCACCUACAAGCAAAGACCAACCUGAAACAGUUGUCCCCUUCCCUCACUCAGCUGCUGUCGGACAGCCUCAGCCAACGGGCGUGAAAACAAAUUUGGACUUUCAGCAGUAUGUCUUUGUCAACCAGAUGUGCUACCAUGUUGCCCUCCCCUGGUAUUCGAAGUACUUUCCAUAUCUUGCGCUUAUUCACACUAUUGUGCUCAUGGUCAGCAGCAACUUCUGGUUCAAGUAUCCAAAGACGAGUUCAAAAAUUGAGCAUUUUGUUUCUAUUUUGGGGAAAUGUUUCGAGUCCCCUUGGACCACUAAAGCACUGUCCGAGACAGCUUGUGAAGACUCUGAAGAGAAUAAGCAAAGACUGACUGGAGCUCCUUCAUUACCAAAGCAUUUCUCCACCAGCAGUGAAGAGGGAAGUCCAAAUCAAUCCACACCGAUGCUUGCAAAAUCCAGCGUUAAGUUCUCUACAGAGAAGCCUGUGAUUGAAGUCCCAAGCAUGACGAUACUGGAUAAGAAAGAUGGUGAGCAGGCAAAGGCCCUUUUUGAGAAAGUGAGGAAGUUCCGUGCACAUGUCGAGGACAGUGACUUGAUCUACAAACUCUAUGUUGCACAAACAGUAAUAAAGACGUUCAAGUUUAUUCUGAUUCUGUGUUACACCUCGACAUUCGUUGCCUCCAUUCAGUUUGACCAUGACUGUGAACCGAACAUAAAGCAUUUAACUGGCUACAUCAAAUUUAAGUGCACUCACAACAUGGCUUUCAUGUUGAAAAAGCUGCUUAUUAGCUAUAUUGCUCUCAUUUGUGUUUAUGGAUUGGUAUGCAUUCACACGCUUUUCUGGCUAUUCAGGCGGCCCCUCAAGGAGUACUCAUUUGAGAAAGUAAGAGAAGAGAGCAGCUUUAGUGACAUUCCAGAUGUAAAGAAUGACUUUGCUUUCCUCUUGCAUAUGGUAGAUCAGUACGAUCAGUUGUACUCUAAACGCUUCGGUGUCUUUCUCUCUGAGGUCAGCGAGAACAAGCUGCGGGAAAUUAGCUUGAAUCAUGAGUGGACGUUUGAGAAAUUACGGCAGCAUGUGACUCGCAAUUCACAGGACAAGUUAGAGCUCCAUCUGUUUAUGCUCUCAGGUGUUCCUGAUGCAGUGUUUGAGCUCACUGACCUGGAGAUACUGAAGCUGGAACUAAUCCCUGAAGCACGGAUAACGGCAAAAAUCUCCCAGAUGAUCAACCUCCAGGAGCUGCAUUUUUAUCACUGUCCUGCUAAAGUGGAGCAGACUGCAUUCAGUUUCCUCCGCGACCACCUACGGUGCCUUCACGUUAAGUUUACGGACGUUGCAGAGAUCCCCACUUGGGUUUACUUGUUAAAGAACCUGAGGGAGCUCUACUUGGUGGGAAACCUGAACUCAGAAAAUAACAAAAUGAUUGGUUUGGAAUCCCUCAGGGACCUGAGGCAUCUGAAAGUUCUACACCUGAAGAGCAACCUUACCAAGAUCCCGACAAACAUAACAGACUUGGCUCCUCAUCUGGUCAAGCUUGUGGUACACAAUGAUGGUACUAAACUCUUGGUUUUGAAUAGUUUGAAAAAGAUGAUGAACCUUUCUGAUCUGGAGCUGCAUAAUUGUGAACUGGAAAGGAUACCGCAUGCCAUUUUUAGCUUGACCAAUCUACAGGAGUUGGAUCUGAAAUCAAACAAUAUUCGCACCAUUGAGGAGGUCAUCAGCUUUCAACACCUCAAAAGGCUUACCUGCCUCAAACUGUGGCACAAUAAGAUAAUCACCAUUCCACUGUCGAUAAGCCAUGUAAAGAACCUGGAGUCCCUCUAUCUGUCACACAACAAAUUGGAGUCCUUGCCUGCCCCUUUGUUUAAUCUGCUUAAGCUAAGAUAUUUGGACUUAAGUCACAACUCCAUUGUGGUGAUCCCACUAGAGAUAGGAUUCCUCCAGAACCUCCAGCAUUUUGCCAUCACAGGAAACAAAGUGGAGGUGGUGCCCAAGCAACUGUUCAAGUGCACAAAGCUGCGUACCCUUUGCCUAGGGCACAACUGUAUCUCUUCCCUGCCAGAGAAAAUAGGCCAGUUGGUGCAGCUGACACAUCUGGAAUUGAAAGGAAACUGUCUGGACCGCCUCCCAGCCCAGCUUGGCCAGUGCCGACUCCUGCGUCGAAAUUGUCUCGUCAUAGAAGACCACCUGUUUGACUCCCUGCCCUCUGAGGUCAAAGAGAGCAUAAAUCAGGAAACCAAUGUUACCUUUGCUAAUGGAAUCUAAGAGUGGAUUAGAGAAUGAUUUAACUAGAUCUCCACUUUGCCCAAGAUCUUGUUAUUCAUACAAAAUGGGACUAAACAAAAGGGCACAAUGCUUUCCUUGCAGAUGGUAAAGGUUUGGCUCGGUACCAAAUGGAUUCCUUUACAAUUAACAAGCAUAUUUACUGCGAGUCGAUCCUGUGGUUUCUGAAAACAGCUGAACACAAAGGCCAGUAAGAAAUAUUCACUUGACUGACGAUGCUUAUUGAUUUGACAUGAGUAUGAAAGAUGCCAGGGAACUGGUCACAAGUUUAGAAUAUUUGCAAUAUUUUCAGUUUGCAAUAUUUUCAUAUACAGUUGUUUUUGUCCUUUAUUUUGGGUUUUUAUGUUCUUUUUUUUUUUGGUUUCAUUAUAUUUCAGUAUAGAGGUACAUCCUGAUACAAUGCUGACAUUUUUGUGUUUCCUUAUUUCUUAGCAACAUGCUGUGCAGAUUUGCUAAUCCCUCUGUAGUCUGUCAUUUUUUUGUAUUCACGUUUUGUAUUUUAGCUAGCUGGUGUCCGCACAGUACACCCCAUGUUGUGGUGCAGUUACCGAUUGUAUUGAUUCAUGGAUCUCAAGUCACAAACCAGGGAAGCAAGGCUCGUUAUCUGAUUCAACAAUUAUUUGUGUAUAACACAAGUAACACAAGUUAUAAGGUCUUUGCUGCUUUCAAAACUCCAUUUUAUUGUCCUAAUAUUUAUUCUUCUACUGCCAUAUUAGCCAGUAUGAAGUCUAAAAAUCUGCUAAAAAUGGUAUUAAUUGUAUACUGUACUGGUUCCUCUAAGUUGGAAAUCAAAAAACCUGUGCUUUAUAAACUCCUUCCUUUAUAAACAAUUUAAUUCUUCAGUUAACAGGCAUUUUAUAAACACUACAUAUAGAGAUUCUGAUGCAUGAGGGUCUAUGCAGUCAGUUUUUGAAGAUGAUCCUGCAAGAUUCAGGUUGUUGUCAAGGGUUGCUGAAAUUAAGACACAUUCCUCACUCUUGUCCUCUUUUAAUAUCUACUGAAACAGUUGAAUAAACUUGAGGCUUACUACUUCCAGGUUGCCACUACUGUUAAGAAAUCUACAUUUUAAUUUACUGUUAAUUUUGCUAACUCUGCUUUUUCACUAUGCCGCUGUGUAAACUGUAUUGUUCUGUUUUUCAUAUCAGCUAGUUCCUCAACAGUAAAUCCUGCUCCAAGCUAGUAGCACCUGACUUAUUUCAUUCACAACAUACUAGAUUUUCCACAGGUGUGAGAUUCUUACUAUAAAAACAAAAACUCGAUAAAUGUGGUUGUUAUAGAACCACAUUGUGUGUUAUUUUAAAGGGGCUGUCGACCUUUUUCCUUAAUCUCUUUAGGCUUCUGCAUGAAUUUUCUAUUAACUGUCAAAUAAAGAACAAUGUUGGUCACUUCAAUGUAGACAUUCUUGCAUUUUUGUGUAUCCUUAGUUGGAUUUCAGUUGGGCGAGACUGUAUUAGAAGUAGGUCAUUUUUUUUCUUGUACCAAUCAGAAUUAGGACAGAUUUCUUGUUGGCUAUUUGGCUCAAACCAAAAUCUCUGUUGUUGGGCCUGCCUGAAUACCUGUGCGCAAGCAAGCUAGCUAGCUAGCGUUGUGCAUGAGAAAAAGACUUUAACCACAGUAAAAUUACUGUAAUGCACAGCCUCUUGUGGUUUAUUGUUAUGUGUGGGGUUUUUUGCAUUGCCAUGGCCACACUGUAAGUGGCCACAAUAAGAGGAUUUUUCGAUUGUCAAUUGGAUCAAUGGAUCAAUUGUGGAUUGUGUGAUCAUCAAGUCACAUCUUUAUUAUCAUUGAUAUUUUUAAUAUGUUCAAUUGAGUUGUCAGCCCCUUUAAAUAAUAUGAGUAAUCAAUGAUUAUCCCUAUUAAAUAUCAGAAGCCUUAAUGUAUAAAAAGCAUCAAAUGUAAACAAAGUAUACCUGAUUACAAAUAGUUUCCAUUUUUGGCAAGGUGGACCUUCUAAAAUGAACCCAAAAGCAGAAUCAAUGCAGCACCAAAGCCCUUCUCUUUUUAUACUGUAUCAUUCACUAGACUAUGUCUCCUGUGGAUGUUCCAAGACAAGUGCUGGGCAGUACUGAUGAAAUUCAAUAUCAUAUUUUCUGAACAUAUAAUCGUAUCAGAUGAAAUUCAGGUUUGCAUUAAUAAUACGGAACUCAUUAUUCCUGAGUGCUGCUUCCCUGAGCUAACAGAAUGUCUUACAAACCUGAAAUAGCUUGUUUUGAUUGGACUGUUGUGUACUGCCUUUUUUAAAAAUAACACAGUACUGUGUAUUUUAAUCAGACAAAACUUAUUGUUUUAUUUAUUCAUUUUAGGGAUUUUAAAACGUUCUUUUCAAAAACACCCAGAAGCCCCCAGGACCAGGUUGAAGAUGUUGAAUGAAUGCAGCUAUGUUAUUGCAGUUAUAUCAUGACUAUAAAGCCACUAUUUAACUAUAUUUCUCAGAAUAUCAUAAAACUGAAAAGCAAUAUCAUGGUACACCUGUACAGACAAUGUUUGCCCAGCACUGAGUCUACCACCUCAAACAAAUCAUAUAAGGUACUCCAAAUUAAUGGUCAGUUAUUGAAGUAUCACUUUGCAUCACCAAACCCCUCCAAAUUGCAUGCAGUUAAUCAUUCAGCUUCUCUCUAUGCAUUAUAAAGGCCAGUUUGUUGUCUCACGCCAUCACAGUGGGCUUCAGGAGAAUUGCAGUUGCUUCGAUUUUUCCUCUUAAAACUUAAACACUGAAUCACAAAUUUAAAUCAGUUGAGAUCAGAGAAUAAUAUCAAGUUUAUGUAAAAUCACUCUGCAAGAUAAUUAUGCAGAACCAUUUCAAAAAAAAAGACUGAAAUGAUAUUUUAAUAAAGAGGUAAAUAAAGCCAAAAGCCAGUCAGAAUAUUUUGAAUAACUGUCCCUGUAGUUUCAUUGUUUUUGGUCUAAUAAAAUGGCACAUUCUUAAA